GUGAUGUGACGUCAUAAGACUGCGCCGUGCUCCUGCAUCUGUUAUUUGGCUGAAGAAAGAUGGCAUUUAUUAAAGAGGAGAGUGAAGACGUGAAGAUUGAAGACGUGAAGAUUGAAGAAGUAUUCAGAGUGAAACAAGAAGAUACUGAGGAACAAACAGACCUCAUGCCGCUGAAAGAGGAGUGCAUAGUACCGAAUGAAACGGAAGAGAAAGAACAAUAUGAGACUCAUCAUGAUUUUAAAACCGAAGAAUCUUCCGGUUGGCCACAGAUUAAAGAGACUUUCUCACAAAAAGAACCGCUCAUAAAACAGGAACUACAAGUUAUUUCACCCCUUUGCACUGUGAAAAGAGUUUCAAUGAACAUGGAAACCUUAAAAGUCCACAUGAGAGUUCAUCCUGGAGGGAAGACUUUUACCUGCCAACAGUGUGGAAAGAGUUUCAGUCAAAAAGGAACUCUUAACAGGCACAUGAGAAUUCACACGAGAAAGAAGCCUUUUACCUGUCCUGAGUGUGGAAAGAGUUUCAGUCAAAAAGGAAACCUUAAAGUCCACAUGAGAAUUCACACGAGAAAGAAGCCUUUUACCUGCCCUGAGUGUGGAAAGAGUUUCGGUCAAAAAGGAACUGUUAAAGUCCACAUGAGGAUUCACACGGGAAAGAAGCCUUUUACCUGCCCUGAGUGUGGAAAGAGUUUCAGUCAAAAAGGAAACCUUAAAUACCACAUGAGAAUUCACACUGGAGGGAAGCCUUCUACCUGCCCUGAGUGUGGAAAGAGUUUCAGUCAAAAAGGAAACCUUAAAUACCACAUGAGAAUUCACACUGGAGGGAAGCCUUCUACCUGCCCUGAGUGUGGAAAGAGUUUCAGUCAAAAAGGAAACCUUAAAUACCACAUGAGAAUUCACACUGGAGGGAAGCCUUCUACCUGCCCUGAGUGUGGAAAGAGUUUCAGUCAAAAAGGAAACCUUAAAUACCACAUGAGAAUUCACACUGGAGGGAAGCCUUCUACCUGCCCUGAGUGUGGAAAGAGUUUCAGUCAAAAAGGAAACCUUAAAUACCACAUGAGAAUUCACACUGGAGGGAAGCCUUCUACCUGCCCUGAGUGUGGAAAGAGUUUCAGUCAAAAAGGAAACCUUAAAUACCACAUGAGAAUUCACACUGGAGGGAAGCCUUCUACCUGCCCUGAGUGUGGAAAGAGUUUCAGUCAAAAAGGAAACCUUAAAUACCACAUGAGAAUUCACACUGGAGGGAAGCCUUCUACCUGCCCUGAGUGUGGAAAGAGUUUCAGUCAAAAAGGAAACCUUAAAUACCACAUGAGAAUUCACACUGGAGGGAAGCCUUCUACCUGCCCUGAGUGUGGAAAGAGUUUCAGUCAAAAAGGAAACCUUAAAUACCACAUGAGAAUUCACACUGGAGGGAAGCCUUCUACCUGCCCUGAGUGUGGAAAGAGUUUCAGUCACAAAGGAAACCUUAAUUACCACAUGAGAAUUCACACUGGAGAGAAGCCAUACUCCUGUCUUCAGUGUGGAAAGGGGUUCAGUCAAAAAGGAACUCUUAAAGUCCACAUGAGAAUUCACACUAGAGAGAGUCCUUGUAUCUGCCAAGUGUGUGGAAUGAGCUUCAUUCAUAAAGGAUUACUUCAUGAACACAUGAGAAUUCACGCUGGAGAAAAGGGUUACGUGUGCCAUCAGUGUGGAAAAGGUUUCAACCAAAAUGGAAGCCUUAAAGUGCACAUGACAAUUCACACUAGAGAAAAAUCUUUUACAUGCCCUCAGUGUGGAGAGAGUUUCGAUCUACAUGGACGCCUUAAAUCCCACAUGAGAGUUCACACUGGAGAGAGUCCCUUCACCUGCCAACAGUGUGGAAAAUUUUUUACUAAAAAAUCAAACCGUAACAGUCACAUGAGAAGAGUACAUGGCAUAUUUUCAACACAAUCUUGAUCAACACACGAGGAUUCGUUUGAGAUAACUGUUUUAUGUCAUCAGUGUGGAAGGAGUUUCUCAGACAGGAAUCAUGUAAUAAUGUUAUGAUGUGUAGGAAGCUCAGAAGUGAAGACCAGGGCCCGUAUUCUUAAAGAUUCUAAGAAUCCUCUCAGAGAGCUCCUAAUUUAUCUUAAAAAUUUCUACGUAGGAGUCUUAGCUUAAGAGCAAUUCAGGACCAAUCUGAGAGCAACUCUGAGCGAGGAAAAGACAAAAACUUUCAUCUUAGUGAGGAGGCGGGGCUGACCCCGUUGCUACAUCUGACACAGUCUUUUGAAGACUGUGAUUGGCUGGUUUUUCAAAGGGAAAAAGAGAGAGUGCUUUAGUGUUUAUUAUAAGCCUUCACUUUGAAAUUACAGGCAUUCUAUAACCGAACUCACAUUUUCAGGACUCGCAACCGCAUUCUCAGAAAGCACGCGCUGUAUGAACUGGACAACUAGUGCGAGAGAGCCGCUCAUGUGUGGAUUCACUUUGGGCACAGCGACGGAGAAAUGAGCCGUGUGUCAUCUGAAGGUUUUUAGAUCCAGUCACUGUUCUCCACCGGAGUAGUUUCCGUCAGUUUUGUUCUGUGCGUCACAGUGCGUGCGUGACUCAAAUGCAGUGUCAUGCGCGAGACGCAGAAAAGGAUGCGAGUGCAUAUACGGGCUUGACUGUCGUUGCACGUUCAUACAGACAGUAUUCGAGACGCUAAUGUAAGCUGCUGUUUGAACGGGACAUUUCGAGACUGUAAGGAAAUGCGGUUGUCAAUCCCUAAAAAAACUGACCGUGUGAACGUGGCCAUAAUUAAUGUAGUGAUUACUUUCUGGCGCUAUGGCAUUUUUAAACUGUGUCUGAGAUGUUAGCGUGUCUCUAAUAAUAUCGGUCACAAACAUGAUCACUACACGAUCUAAUGUGUAGUGUCUUUAUUAACUCACUGUCAUGUAUUGUGUGCAAUGCAUUUCUUCUUCCUCUUCACGUUUUGUUGAUUUUCUCCACUAAAGAAA